AUGAGGUCCACGCACGGCAGGUCAAACAAACACGAGUAGAUCAAACAGAGAAAAGUUUCGCGGACGAGUUCCGUUUCGAACGGAAAUUCUGCGUUCUUCCAUUUGUUUUUCAGGCUUUUCAUUUGAAAUUAAGGUCGGGCGAACAUUUUGGGGUGUCUCAGACGUCUGAUGACCUUAUUCUAAUCAGCCCAUCUCUGGCGACCAAAAACGACGCGUUUCCCGCUGUGAAAGCGAGCGAUACGCGCAUUUUCUCGGAUAAUAUUGAGAAGAAAAUGUGAGAGGAAGGGAUUUACCUGGAUUUUCCGUGAAAAUGAGUCAGAAAGCGCCUCUAAUCUGAUGAAUUGUGAGUGAAAGUGAAAGAGACAGUUUGAAGCGCAAAAUCACGUGGCGACGUCGUCAAACUGUCAAUCGUUAUUCGGGUGAAAUCGAAAAUCGAAUUACGUCGGCGCCGACGACAAGAAAUGUGCCUUUAAAUGGCAUUUCACACAAAUUCCAGCGUUGAAACAACUUUUCGACGUAUAUAAAAGGAGACGACAAUCACAAUGAUUUUUUGUCAAAUUAUUCGGUUGCAAAUUCGAUUCUCUUGACAAAUUGACCAAAAUACAGACGAGAGAGACCAAUUUGGAACUAGAUAUAUUUGUGUAGGUUUUGAGGGAAGCGAGUGGGACGAAUUGGACAGCGGGAAUCUGAAAUUUUGUGGAAAAAAUGUAGAAAAAGUUCUCGGGACGUUUCGCAACCGCAUUUUUUCGCAACCGCACAUUGGGAAAAAUUUGGAACUGGACGGCUUAGCAGAAUAAAAUGCUCCAAAUCUGGUUGCGAAACGUCCAGACACAUUGUUUUUGUCGGAAUACGAGAAAUGAAGCUUUGUUUGGACAAAAUAUAGCAAUUCGAUGAAUUCAGAAUCGAAAAGCGCACGAGCCCGACGGCGGUGUCCGAUUUGAUAGGCUCGCACGUGACGCGGAUCGCCGCGGGCGCGUGUCACACUCUGGCCGUCUGCAAGGGAUUCGUCUAUCCGUUCGGCCUAAACUCGAGCGGUCAAUUGGGAAACGGAAAGGUGUCGACGCAGUCGACGCCGCGCAAAACCGAAGAACUCGACCACGUCACGUCGGUGUUCGCCGGAUACCAUCAGACGUUUUUCAUACGAUCCGCUGGAAGCAUUGAGGUAGCAAUACAAACAUUCUCUAGUCUCCACCUACCUCAAAAAUGAUUUUAGCAAAAAGAGCUCGUCGGCCCGAACUGUCCGCUCAAAUAUCCCGCCAAAAUCGACAGAGAGUCGCUGGAGAAUUUGCUGAAAAACGGCGAAAAAUUGGAUGUUAUGGCGUUAGUUUCGACUCAUUUGGGGGGACACUGUUUCGAGUAAAAUGAGCAUUGUAGACUUCUCGAAUCGGUGUUCUCCUCGCUGAGCAACAUCAACAACUCGUUUUUGUACACGGACAGCCGGAAGUUCGACGUCGGAUUCGAACGGGGGCACGGAGUGGAUUUGGAUCAAGUUAUGGAGACUUUUCUGCUGUUCGACGAGUCGCCCAACAAACAACAGUACUUGGAUCUGGUAGGUGGUAUACAGUAGACUUUCAAAAACAACAAUAGUUUUUGACCACUUUCAAUGUUCCGAUCGGACCCAAACGUUACACGAUUGCCAGUUUUGGUUUGAAGUAUCCACCUCGAAAUUUUCAGACCGAUUGGAUUAACCGAUCUGGAAAUAUAGUGAUUUUUGCGACUAUAUCUCCAGAUUGGAUGAUCCAAUCGAUCGGAAAAGGUACUCCAAGCCAAAACUGGUUAUUAUUGUGCAAAAUAAGGGUCCGUUCGGAAUAUUGAAAGUGGUGCAAAAGUAGGCGAGCGAUUCAUUUUCCCUCCCAGAUCGUCGACUCGUUCGCUAUUGCGCUGGCCGCGUGGAACCCGCGAAUGCGUGGCGUCGAGUGCCUCCGCAUCUUCCUCAUCGUUCCGUGGUUGCCCGUUUUCACCGAGAAUGUCACUUUGGAAACUCUCGAACGCGUCCACAAUCCGCUCGUCAACGCGUUCCUUUCGCUCGAUGAAACGUUCAAAAACGCGAUGAGUACGUUUGUUUUUUUUUGUUUUUUGGUGUGCCCACUAUUUUGUGAAAUAUCGAGCAAAAGCGACGAAUUUUGCCCUAAAAUUAGCCGUAAAGUGCGAAAAAUUGCAGACAAAUGGUGGCAAACCCUGUCGACGCGUCACUUCCGUCGCCAAGUGCUCGUGUUCAAAUCGGCUGUUCGCACAAUGUUGUGCGCCGGAAAAACCGCGUUCGACUGUCUGAAAUAUUUGAAAAUUCUCGAACAGCUCUUCCUCAUCAAUAAGGUAACGCUGGUUUUGACUGGCACGGUCGUUUUUUCCGGGGCCGCAGUGAGGAGAAGAAGAAAGUUCGGCCGUCGUCCCGUGAACUGUCGGCUGCUUAUUUCACGCUCGCCAAGCCUUCUUCCUCGCGCCAAAACUUCAGAUGCGUGCGUCGGACGAGUACUGCUUCAUUUUUCCUAAUUUUUUGGGAAUGAGUUCGUUGUGAUGUAGAUAGAAUAACAACGAAACACAAAAAGCACGCACGAACAGCCAUUUUACGAAAAACGCGGAUUUUCCAGUGACCGAUACACAUUUUUGCGAGUUUCUUGUUGCUCUUAGUUAUUAUAGGGUUAUCUCACAGAAAUGGCGCUCUGUCCGCAAUAUGACCGAAUUUCUAGGCCGCGGAGUAAUUUUCCACUGAAAAUGUGGCCUAACUUUCAAACUCGGCCCCGAGGUCGCUCAAUUUGCACUGCAAAAAGAGUUUCUCAACAGAGCGCCAUUUCUGUGCGGUGCGCCUAUAAUAGUUUUGAUCAUAACGGACGCAUUCACUAUGGCAAUGAAUAAGAUGAAUCAGUAUUUCUAAUAACGUGAAAAUUGCGCAGACGUACCACCACGUGCCGCUGGAGACGUUCUACAUUGACGAAAUCAACGAUCUGGUGGCGCUUCAGUACGACUACGUGUCGCUGAAUUGGGAAAAAGAGAAGCCGAACUGGACGAAGGAGGCGCACUGGACGAACUGGCCGUUCCUGCUCAACGGAGUCGCCAAGGGAUAUCUGCUGCAGACCGAGGGAACGGUCACGCAGCAUGUAAGUAUACACUUCAGUGUUUUUUUGCAUCCGGAAGUGAUUUCAAUAAAAUUUGUGGAUAUUCAGAUUGAAAGUCGUCGUCAGCUGACUCCGUGGGAGCUUCUGACUCAGUUGAACGAGGGAAUUCAGCCGAAAGCCCUCCAACUGAACGUCCGUCGUGAUUUCAUCGUCGCUGACACCAUGAAUCAGAUGUCCAGCCUCUCCAACGAAGUUCUUCAGUUGCCGUUGAGAGUAGACGAUCGAAUUUCCGCGAUUUGCCUCUUGAUUUGAACUGUUGCAGGUGAAAAUCGCCGGCGAAGAGGCGGACGACGCGGGCGGAGUGCGAAAAGAGUUCUUCCUGAUCGUGAUGCGCAAGAUUUUGCAGCCAGAGUACGAAAAAGGGGAAAAGGACCGUUCGAGUCAAUCGAUUGGGACCGAACGUUGCACAAUUAUGCGUCUUGGUUUAAAGUAUCCAUUUGGAAAGUUUCACGCCGAUUGGAUUAUCCGAUCUAGAAAUUUAGUGAUCUUGGACCCGGAGCUGUUCACUUUUAGACCUAAAUCACUAUAUCUCCAGUUCGGAUGAUCUAAUCGGGCUGAAACUUUCCAGUUGGGUUCUCCAAACCAAGACUGAUAAUCAUGCAAGUUUUGGUCCCAAUCGGAUGACUGCAAAUCGUCCAAAAGUCCGCAAUGAUUACGGCGUGUUAAUUCAAGAAUGAGAAUGCAUAUUGUGAUUUUCAGUUACGGAAUGUUCAUCGAAGACGAGGAGUCUCGUCUCGUCUGGUUCUCGGGAAUCUCGGCGGAAAUCUGCGAACGGGAUCAGUUUCACCAGUUGGGGCGACUCGUCGGAAUGGCCAUUUACAACAAUGUGCUCGUGCCGUUCCCAUUCCCCAAGUGCCUCUACAAGGUAGCCGGGGGGAAAUGUGGUUUUUUUGAGCUACCUACUUUCUUCAUGAACACUCACAGGAAUCUUUUGAAAUUGCACAGACUCCAUCGACUUUUACAGUUUUUACACCCAUUUGUCACAAAAAUGCUGCGUUUGAACCGUGCAUUUUCCGCUCGUUUUCAGCACCUCCUCGACAUGCCGCCCACGCUCGAGGACCUCAUCGAAUUGUCGCCGACGGAGGGCAACUCGCUGCAGAAGCUUCUCGAAUACGAGGGCGACGACGUCGCCGACGUGUUCUGUCUCACGCACACCAUCAAUUUCACCGUUUUCGACGACUCGACCACCGUCGAAUUGGUGCCCGGCGGCGCCGAUUUGGCCGUCGACAAUCAGAAUCGCGACGAGUUUGUCCGCGUGAGUUUGAACUACCAUAUAUUGUUUUCAAGUCUCCCAACGCUUGCCCUCAAAUGUCGGCGAUGUCACUUUUCACGCCUCUUUUUGUUCACUAGGGAAUGGCCCGCACUUACCUUGGGCUUUUGGAAUGGGACCUAUAUGAUUCGAAAGAGAAUUUCACGGAGCUCUCCAUUUUUUCUAAAGAGCACUGGCUGGCGAGAAAAUCUGCCUGUUUUUGCCACAUUUCCUAGCAAGUUCAUCUUCGGCGACCUGUAUCUCAAGAACCACGCGUCCGUUGCAAAAGUGGUCAACUAGGAAGUUAACGCAAAUUAUCUCGUGAAUAACUUUGUAGUUGAUCGUCUAUUUAAAAAAAAAUUAGUUUUCGAGUUAUGAUCUGUUUUCCAAGAGCGACAAGAAAAAAGCGACGAUAACUCGAAAACUAAUUUUUUUUUUAAAUAGACGAUCAAUUACAAAGUUAUUCACGAGAUUAUAUGCGUUAACUUACUAGUUGACCACUUUUGCAACGGACGCGUGGUUCUUGAGAUACAGGUCGCCGAAGAUGAACUUGCUAGAAAAUGUGGCAAAAACGGGCAGAUUUUUUCGCCAGCCAGUGCUCUUUAGCAAAAAUGGAGAGCAGAUUCGGAUUCUCCGUGAAAUUCUCUUUCGAAUCAUCAAGGUCCCAUUCCAAAAGCCCAAGGUAAGUGCGGGCCGUUCCCUAGUCAGUCGGAAAACGCCAAAUCUUCAUCACGAGCUCUUUUUUUUCGAAAGAGAGAAAACUGAAAAAAUGUUGCAGUUGUACGUGCGUCACCGCCUCGAAUUGGGUCCGAACGACGAGAUCCGGGCGCAGUCGACCGAGUUCCGGCGGGGAUUCCACGACGCGCUGCACAGCCGCAUCCUCCGAUUCUUCCAGCCGCGCGAAUUGCAGGAACUCGUCGUCGGCAACGAGAAUUACGAUUGGAGCCAGUUCCGAGAGGUAUCCACGUCCACGUUUUUGUUUGUGUGUGAAAAGAAGAAAAGUGGGGGGGGGGGGGAGAACACAAAAAACAGUGGGUAAAUAGCGGGUAGCGCGAGCAAAUUAAUGACGUUGCGCGGAGGAGCAGCGGAAAAACCGGUUUUCUGGCGAAAAAGUGAUUGGAGGAUGCGCAAAUCGGACGGAAAUGACGUCGAUGUUUGUGCCGACGCUCAAUUUGGCACAAUUUCACGCGAACACGACGUUUUUCUAGGCAAACUUCGAGAAGUGACGAUUUUGAAGCGGUUCUCCAUGUCUCGUCCCGAAAAAAGAAUCGAACUCGCUCUCUUGAAGGAAGAUGGCGAAAAUUGUCAAAAAAAAAAUGGAGAACUCAUGUGGUGCCCCCAACAUUUUACGUCCCACAGUGCCUGAAUAGUUUACCUUUUUAAUUUGCGCCAACUAGUCAAUUUCCGGUUGUCUCCAGCACAAUUAUCCUCUAUUUUUGGGGGGGUACAGUCGAUUCCUCGAAGAAAGUCCCUUUCGGAAAAUUUCAACACACACACACACAAUGUCCUCCUCAUUCUCCUCCAAACAAAAUUGAAGUGUGUGUGUGUGUGUGGAAUCAUGCGUUUUGUGUGUGUCGACACGACGGUAAUCCACUUUUCCGCCCGUACCGUCUCUCUCUCUCUCUCUUUCUCUCUCUCUCUCUCUCGCUCUUUUUCUCUUUCUCUGCCGCAAUCGUGAUGCGAAACGAAGCGAUCAUGUGUUCAACGACGGCCACCCCGGGUAAUGGACAGUCUAAACAGACGGCCAAGCCCCCCCUUCAAAAAAACUUUUUUUCCUUUUCCUCUCUCCGCCUCGCACUCUCUCUCUCUUGUGUGCUGAGCCGCGCGGUGGCAGGAGAAGGAGAAGAAGAAGAAGAAGAAAAAGAGAGAGAGAGAGAGAGAGAGAACUUUUUUCCUUUGGAGACUGUACAAAUGGAAAAAGGAAUCCGGUUUCGAAAAGAUUUCUGAUGGUAAAGAAUGCGAAAGUGAGAAGGGAAGUACGGUACUUUCGCUUUUUUUCGAUUUGGAAGAGUUGGAGCUAUCGGGAGUCCAUGUGGAACUGCAAUUGACGGCAGGAAACGGCCAAAUCUACUUUUUAGCUGUAAAUCCUCACUUGGAAACAUUUAGUGGCUCCAACUCUGAUCCUCAAAGUUACACGGUCGGAAAUGCAAGCGUUUACAGUCAGAUUCCACUACAGUUCUUCACGUUUACUGUAGUUUUUCACGUUGGAAACGGACAUUGUAGAAAAUUGCCGCCAAUCUGAGCUCUUGCCGGCUUUCCUACAAAAAAGUGCAAGAAUAGGGGGCUGCAAUAUGAGCCAAUCGGAAACGACGCAAACUUUGUAGAGCUACAAUACUUUUUUUCCGGGAAAACUGAACAUUUUGCAGAUUGUCAAGUACAAGGGCGAGUACAGCUCUUCGCACCCGACCAUCCAAACAUUCUGGAAGGUCUUUUUCGCGCUCGACGAAGAGGAACGCAGGGUAAAUUGAAAUUGAAGAUGUGAAAAAACUAAAAAAAAUUUCCAGCAAUUUCUGCUGUUCCUGUGCGGAUCGACGCGGAUUCCGGUCGCCGGAAUGUCCCAUAUGCACGUGGCAAUUCAGCCGUCGUCGAAAGAGGUAUUUGCAAAGGUUACUGUAGUUGGAGGGGUACUGUAGCUUCUCCAUUUUUGCAGUCGCUUCCAGUCGCGCACACGUGCUUCAACCUUCUGGAUCUGCCGAACAUUUCGGACGAGGAGGAGAUGCUCCGUCGCCUCAGAAUCUCCAUUCAGCACAUUGAGGGAUUCACUCUUGUCUAA